ACACUCGCACUCUCACACACGAUUCGUCCAUGCUAUCGAUCACUUUUCCCGCCAGACUCGCGCUUCAAGAGUUUGCUCCGCAGGUCUCAGAUGAGGGCAGACAAAUGACCGUUCGUUGCGCGUGACGAAACGACACAGCUUGCGCGCGCACUCGCGGUAACCGGCGGGCCAUUCAACAUGAUGAGCGCUUAGAACCGGACACACAGUCUGAUGCCCGGCUAAUCCGAUUACCGAGCAGGGAGGAGCGUGUUGUUCGCGGAGAGGAGAGAAGUGCAGCGCUGGAUGAGGAGUGGAGCGACAUGGCGCGCGCGAUGAGCCCGGGAUCGCCCCUUACGCCGCUGCUCAUUGUGCUCGCGUGCUCGGCGCUUCACGGCUCGCGCGCCUCGCAGUUCCCCACGUCGCUCAUCAUAAAAGAGUGGGUGGACCAGAUGCAGCAGGAGCUGGUGACCCUAGCUGACACGGCCACUGCAGGAAAAAGCCUAGUGGAGAUCUAUAUGAAGAAUCAGAAAUACUACAGUGUGGAAACAAAUCAUGCAGGAAGACUGGUUGAGAAUGCAGCACGGAAUAUAGAGAACUUUUUAAGCAAGCGUGCAAAGGCACUUGAGGCUUUGGCACGUGCUGCAGAAAACUUUCAGAUGGAGCAUCAGUGGAAGGACGAGUUUGACGAGAAUGACAUAGUCUAUUAUAACGCUAAGGACAACCUUGAAGUCAACGAAACCGAAGGAAGGAAAAACCGGAUCCGACCGAAAUUUAAAGAAGAACCAGCUUUUAAAAACCGUCUCAUCUCGUACAACCACACAGCUGUGCACAUCCCUACAGACAUAUACGAUGGCUCCACCAUCGUGUUAAAUGAACUGAACUGGACUGAAGCCCUGGAGGAUGUGUUUAAGAAGAACAAGGAGGAAGACCCAACUUUACUCUGGCAAGUGUUUGGCAGCGCUACAGGACUGGCUCGCUAUUACCCUGCCUCUCCAUGGAAGGAUGCCAGGAAAACCCCAAGUAAAAUCGACCUUUAUGACGUCCGCCGCAGACCCUGGUAUGUUCAGGGAGCUGCCUCGCCUAAGGACAUGCUCAUUCUGGUGGACGCGAGCGGGAGUGUGUCUGGAUUGACUUUAAAACUCAUCCGGACAGCCGUCAGUGAGAUGCUGGAGACGCUCUCAGAUGAUGACUAUGUCAACGUAGUGAAUUUUAACACAAAAGUUAACAACACAGCAUGCUUCAAACAUCUGGUCCAGGCCAACGUACGCAAUAAGAAAAUCCUGAAGGAUGCAGUGCAGAACAUUACGGCUAAAGGCAUUACCAACUACACAAAGGGCUUUGAAUUUGCCUUCGAACAGCUCGAUGAUCCGUUUGUGAUGAGAAGAGCUAAUUGCAACAAAAUCAUCAUGCUUUUUACUGACGGAGGGGAGGAGAGAGCUCAGGAGAUCUUCACUAGACAUAACCGUGAUAAGAAGGUCCGUGUCUUCACUUUCUCUGUUGGCCAACACAACUACGACACGGGACCUAUAAAGUGGAUGGCUUGUACCAAUAAAGGUUACUUCUAUGAAAUCCCUUCUAUUGGAGCAAUCCGCAUAAACACACAGGAGUAUUUGGAUGUCCUGGGCAGACCCAUGGUCUUGGCUAAUUCCAAAGAGGUGCAAUGGACUAACGUUUACUUGGACGCCUUGGAGUUGGGUCUGGUCAUCACUGGCACUCUACCUGUCUUCAACAAGACCAAAUCCAGAGACAACGGCUCACGCAUCCAGCACGGGAACCAGCUCAUUCUAGGAGUGAUGGGAGUGGAUGUGUCUCUGGACGAUAUUAAAAGACUAACACCGCGCUUUACGAUCGGCCCCAAUGGAUAUUAUUUCGCGAUUGAUCCCAAUGGCUACGUGCUGCUCCAUCCGAACCUCCAGCCUAAGAAUCCAAAAUUUCAGGAACCUGUUACUCUGGACUUUCUGGAUGCUGAGCUGGAAAAUGAUAUUAAAGUCAAGAUAAGAACUGAUAUGAUUGACAGGGUUCCUGGUGAGAGGAAGAUUGAAACACUGGUCAAAUCUCAAGAUGAGAGAUACAUUGACCGAGGAGUGAGGACUUACACAUGGGUACCAGUCAAUGGCACAGACUACAGUUUGGCCUUGGUUUUGCCUGAGUACAACAUGCACUACAUUCAAGCAAACCUAGGAGACAUAAAGCAAGCCAUGUUCUUAGAUACUCUGCAAAUAGAGAAAUUUGAGGAGUACGGCUACACCUUUGUAGCACCCAGGGAAUAUUGCCAGGACUUGAAAAGCUCCACCAACAACACUCAGUUCGUUAUGGACGUCAACGAGUACAUGGACAAGAGAACACCCAGUGACCCAAUGUGUAAUGUGACUCUGCUCAACAGACUGUUACUUGAUGCUGGUCUUACAGCUGAACUGGUGAAGAUGUGGACACAGCAGAGUGUAGAAGGAGUGUUAGCCAGGUUUGUGGCUACAGAUGGGGGCAUCACACGGAUUUACCCUAAAAGUGCUGGAGAGGAGUGGACCGAGAAUGCAGAGACCUUUGAUUCCAGUUUCUACAAGAGGAGUUUAGACAAUGACAUAUACAUCUUCACUGCCCCUUAUGUCAACAAGAGCAGGGAGUCUAGCUACGAGUCUGGUAUUCUGGUCAGUAAAGCUGUGGAACUGGACUUCAAUGGCGUCAAACUCAAACCAGCUGUGGUGGGAGUCAAACUUAAUGUAUCUGCCUGGAUGAACAGCUUCAUGAAUGCCACCAUAAAGAUAAAUUGUAAGGACGAGAUCUGUGGCUGCCUCAGGAACGAUAAGUAUGUGGACUGUGUGAUACUGGAUGAUGGAGGCUUCCUGCUCAUGUCUAAUCAGGACGAAUACAUCACGCAGAUAGGUCAGUUCUUCGGUGAAGUGGACCCCAUUCUGAUGGUCAAUCUGUUAAAUACAUCACUCUAUUCGUUUAAUAAAACCUACGACUAUCAGUCAGUAUGUGAUCCGGAGAAAGAGCCGAAGGCCGCUGCUGGGCCAAGAUCUGCCUAUGUGCCUACCGUGGCUGACAUGUUAAAUCUGGGCUGGUGGGCCUCCACUGCUGCAUGGUCAAUGCUUCAGCACUUCCUCCUCAGUCUCACUUUGCCUAGUUUUCUACACGCAGAGGAGGACAUCUCGGAUGCUUAUUCAAAAGAAAGCUGUAUAACAGAACAGACCCAGUAUUUCUUUGAGAACGACAACAAGUCUUUUCAAGGUGUCCUGGACUGUGGAAAUUGUUCUAGAAUGUACCGAGCAGAGAAGCUGCCCAGCACUAACCUGGUGUUUCUCAUUACGGAUGCCAAGGGCACCUGUUUCUGUGAUGCCAAGCCAGUGAGACAAGCUGAGCAACCUUCUAAUGGUCCAGACCCCUGUAUACUGGCCCAUAACCCCCGCUACAGAAAAGGCCCUGAGCACUGCUUUGAUAACAACGGUGAUGAAGACGCUUCCGACUGUGGCAGCGGCUCAAGUUUGAUUCCCUCUUUCUGGCCGGUGCUAGCUCUUCAGCUGCUGCUCCUCUGGCUGCUCACUGGAACCAGCUGUUGCUCCUGACAAGCGCACAGUCGCUGACUGCCCACAACUUAAUCACAGACUCAUUAUUACACAAUUAACUGGCGCAUACAAACUUCACAGCCUACCCACAAUUCACGGGCGGACCAGCAUUACAAACAACAACCACAUCUCACGGAACUCUCUCCUGACUCAAUCUUGGUCAUGUUCAAGAAUACAUUCCUGAUCGAAAUCUCAGAUCUUACACACAUUCUUACACACUCUGUGCACACACUGCUGACCAGAACACAGCAUCGUAAGACAUGACUGUGUGUUCACAUGUCUGCUCCAGGUUUCCUGGAUGGAAAGAUAAAAGACUAUUGUUUUCAAAGAGCUACAUUUCGUUUCCUUUUUGUGUGUUUUUUUUUUU